AUGGAGAGUGAGAUGAUCUAUCGAGACAAAUUUAAAGCUAUGAAGAAGUUCAUGGAGCGGAAAAACAUGAUCAUUGCAUUCCAUAUUAAAACUAUUUUCUAUAUGAAAAAUUCUGCAGCAUAUGAAGUAACAAAAUUCAUUGGUUUUCCUGCUAUAAAUGAGAUCACAUCAUUAAAUCCUUAUCACAAUAAAUAA